GCACAGCCGAGGCAGCUCCUGAAGUGGAGUAUUGCUGCAGUUUCAAUGUGAGGAACCCGAAAGUGGAAUUGGGGCAGCAGGAGAUCAUGGCCGGAUCGCAGGGGGUGAAUGCUUUAUGUGAAAAUCCUAAUGAUGUCUUUUUGGAUGUCUCCAAGUUGUUGCUGACAUAUGCCGAUAAUAUACUCAGAAAUCCAAGUGAGGACAAGUACAGAUCAAUCCGAAUUGGAAAUCCAACGUUUUCUACCAGACUUUUGCCCAUCAAGGGAGCUGUGGAAUGCCUUUUUGAGAUGGGCUUUCAGGAGGCCGAGACGCACCUGGUCUUUCCGAAGAGCGCGUCCGUGGAGCAGCUGAGGCGGAUCCGAGAGACGAUCGCCGCGGAGAGGGACAUGAGGCUCCGGGGCCCGCUGCCGGUGUCGGCUCCGGCUCCGGGUCCCAGCAGCACUCGCGGCCAGCCAGCAGCCGCCCCUGCCUCCGGCGAAACCCCGGCACCUCCGUCCGCCCCGCUCCCCGCCCCUGCUUCGCAGCCCACGCCUACGGAUUCCAGAAUGACGUUUUUUAGGACCCUGCAGUCAAAUUUCCAGCACGUCAUGUUGUACGAGGAUGUUGCGCUUCAGGAAAAGGCUCUCGCCCACAUACCAGCUGAGCGGCUCUGGACGGCGGCGAAGGAGAAGCUGCAAGAAGCUCAGAAAGCGGACCCAGGGAAACUGAAUGUGGAGGACCUGUUGUUGCUGGAGUUGCUCCGCUGGUUCAAGAGCGAGUUCUUCUCCUGGGUCAACAGCCUGCCCUGCAGCAGAUGUGGUGGCCCAACCCAGGCUUCAGGCCAGCUGCCUCCUUCCACAGACGACCUGCGCUGGGAUGCCCAUAGAGUGGAGAAUCACUUCUGCACAGAGUGCCAGCUGGUCAAUAGGUUCCCAAGGUACAAUAACCCAGAGAAGCUGCUCGAGACGAGACGCGGGCGGUGUGGGGAGUGGGCCAACUGUUUCACAUUAUGCUGUAGAGCAAUGGGACUGGAAGCGAGGUACAUCUGGGACAGCACAGAUCACGUCUGGACAGAAGUUUAUUCUACCUCUCAGAGCAGAUGGCUGCAUUGUGACCCGUGUGAAAAUGUCUGCGACAAGCCUCUCUUGUAUGAGAUUGGCUGGGGAAAGAAACUCUCAUACAUCAUUGCUUUUUCCAAAGAUGAGGUUGUUGAUGUCACCUGGAGGUAUUCUUGUAAGCAUGAAGAAGUUCUUUCCAGGCGGACAAAAGUCCAGGAGGACUGGCUGCGUCAAACGAUCAAUGGGCAGAGUGCUGCGCUUCUGUUUCAGGGGGCAGAAGGACUGUAUCCUGGAGAUUUCUCUGAAUCCAAGUUUCUGUGAUCACGACUAGAGCCUCUGGAGUUCUGCUAUUACUGGUAAGGGUGGAGCUGGCUGGUGGAUUCUUGCCUUCCUGUGCACCAGUGAGUCCUGUUGCUAGCCACCUGCUGGCUGUUUGUGCACGUCUCGGGGGAGGGAAAUUAUGUGUUAUUGUUGUCUCUCAUAUUGCGGUUGAUGGUUGCACCAGCAGUGUCACUUUCAAGAACAGCUGACUAUUCCAAUGUAGGAGUAUAAAAUAAAGAACAGGUCACUUUUAUAUUUGUGUAACGCGUUAGCACAAA